CACCCCAACAUCAUCAUCAAUCAAUUCCAUCAAUCAUCCACCACUACAAAUACCCCCCAUCCAUCUCAUCCCAUCUCCAUCUCUUACUCCUACUUCUAUUCAUCUAUAUACCAUCCAUCUAUCCCUCACACCCCAGCGUACCUUGCGCGUCGUUCGCAAAUUCGUCCAUUGCGACCGCGCGACCGGCCACCAAGGCGCCGCCACAGCACUGCGAAAGCCACACUACUUACCCCGGUAGGCGAGCCACAGCCUCGCGACGUCAGGACGUCAAUCGACGCAGGAGCGCAAAAAAGGGACGAGGGUUUGUGAAGUGAGCACGAAGAGGGGUGUUUAUAUUUUUUGAGAGCAGGAUUAUUGGGAAUAUACAAUUAUUAUGGCGGAGACGAAGAAAGAUUCGAGCGCGCCAGUAGGCUCAGAUGAGGAGACCACGGUGAAAGUUACGCCAAGGAAGGAGAUCCGACCGAAUGGGACGAUUAAGUUGAAGAGGCCUGCGCCAAAACAUAAUAAGCCCGGGAACUGGAGGGAUGGGAGUGUAGUCGAUGAUGAUAAAAAGAAAGGCACCGACUCCCCCUCCACCAACUCGGGCGCCUCACCAGGACCGGUGGUCAAUCAGCUCGAUGAUAGUACGCGCGAUACCUUUGCGACGGGGCGGCCGCUGGAGGAUAGUCCCGAGACGAGCCUGUGUAAGCACUGCAAGAAGAGCGUGCUGAAGAGCGCGAGGAAGACGCAUAUUGAGAAGUGUCUCGCCGACAAAAAAGAGGCUGCGCGGAAGCGGAAAGAAGCUAAAGAGCGAGCCGCGCGACGGAAGGAGGAGGAGGGCGCUGCGGCUGACGAGGGGGGAGGGGAGAAAGUGAAGAAGGUGAAGGAGAAGAAGGAGAAGAAGGAGAAGGGGCUGGAGAAGAAGGAGAAGGUCGAUGCGGAGGGGGAUACGGCGAUGGGAAAUAAUGCGGAGGGGGAGGAGGAUGAUGAUGACCCUGAACCGAGCGCGUCGCCGGAGGUGGUGAAGAAGACGCCGGCGGGGUUGAAGAGCGCGAAGAAGACGGCGGGGAAGAAGAGUGAGGAGGGGGGGGAGAAGAAGCAGGGGAAGAAGAGGAAGGCGGAGGGGGAUGCAGAGAAGAUGCCUAAGCAGAAGAAGAAGAAGGAUGAGCCAAAGGCGAAGAUUGUUAAGGCGAAAGUUCCGGUGGAUGUGGAGAGGCAGUGUGGUGUCAUCACACCUAAUGGUGUUCCUUGUGCUAGGUCACUGACGUGCAAAUCGCAUUCUAUGGGCGCUAAGCGCGCGGUCCCCGGCCGUUCUCUACCAUACGACAUGCUCCUCGCAGCCUACCAGAAGAAGAACCAAGCCAAACAGCAAAAAGCAGCAAUCGACGCCAACGCCCCCCUCGAAGACGAAGACGACGCCAACGCCGGCCCCAUCGACUCCGACGAAGAAACCGCGCUGGUGAUGUCCGCGCUCUCAAAAUGGAACCCCCAGCCCUACCUCCCGCAACCGGUGCUGAUGCCGAUUAAACGCCAGUACCAGCUUGCGAGGCUACGGGAGCAGCUUGAUAAUGCGACGAGUGGGGGGACGGUGAAUAUUUUUAGGGUCGCGAGGAGGGAUGCCGUGGUGCCGGAGGUGGGGGAGGAGGAUGCGGUGGGGGAGAGAGAUGAGGGGUUUUCGUUGGGGAGGAGGGUGGGGAGUGGGUUUGGGGGGUCGGGGAGGAGGCCGGAGGUUGUGGUGGGGAGGUGA